GUUUGCCCUCGUACAUAGAGACUGUCACCGGUGAGCGGGUGAUUUCGCGGGAAUUAUUCCUGUUGCUCGCAAGCUACUGAAAAUAAACGUCGAUAUCUGAAAAUAUCAACACACUUGAUCUCAGAGGAGUAGCAACUGAAGUGCAAACGUCUAUUUUCUUCGGACAGUCAUGUUCUCAGACCUAAGUGUACAGAAGGAGGGCUCCUCUCUGCUCUGCCGUCCUGCCUCGGAGGACCAGGGCCCGGUGUUUGAGAGGACGUCUCUGGCUUAUAGUCAGUGCUCUGAACGCUACAGAGUUGGGGAGCGGAGCUUCAGCCGCCAGUAUGCUCACAUUUACGCAGCACGACUCAUGCAGAUGAGGCCUCUGCUGUCAGAGAGAGCUCAGCAGAAGUGGGGAUCAGAUGUGGUUAUCAAGAAGCUGUGUGAUCUAGAAACAGCGGAGCAGUGUUGCAUUGUAGGGACUCUGUUCAAGCGUAUGGACUUGCAGCCAUCUAUUCUGAAAGAAAUCAGUGAGGAGCACAACCUCCUGCCACAGCCUGCACGAGCAAAAUACAUUCAUGAAUCAGAUGAGUUGAUUCUGGAGGAUGAACUGCAGAGGAUUAAACUAGAGGGGAAAAUUGACAAAGACAAGUGUGUCACAGGCAGCGUCAUUGCAGUAUAUGGUGCUGAGAGGAACGAUGGGAAGUUCACAGUUGAGGACUUUUGCACAGCGGAUCUUCCUUUGCAGAAAGCAAGGCCUGCACUUGACUCUGACAGGUUUGUGCUCCUGGCAUCAGGUCUGGGUCUUGGCAGUACUCAUGCUGACAGCAUGCUGGGCCUACAGUUGCUUGUCGACAUGGUAACUGGUCAGCUCGGUGACCUCGGGGAGCAGAGUGGUGCAGCAACAAUUUCCAGGGUUCUGCUGGCGGGAAACCUCCUGAGUCAAAACACUCAAGACAAGGAUGCAUCAACAAAGGCCAAGUAUCUUACUAAGAAGACUCAAGCUGGCAGUGUGGAUGCCAUUCGUUUGCUAGAUGAGUUGUUGCUUCAGCUGGUGGCCUCGGUUCCUGUGGAUGUAAUGCCUGGCCAGUACGACCCCACCAACUACACCCUCCCACAGCAGCCUCUCCACCGAUGCAUGUUCCCCUUGUCGUCUGUUUACCCCACACUACAGCUGGCAUCCAAUCCAUACCAUGCCAGCAUAGACGGAGUGAGGUUCCUCGGUACAUCAGGGCAGAACGUCUGUGACAUUCAGAGGUACAGCAGUAGGGACAGCCACUUGGAAAUAUUAGAGGAAACGCUUCGACUCCGACAUCUGGCACCGACGGCACCUGACACAUUAGGUUGUUACCCAUUUUACCAAAAAGACCCUUUCAUCCUGGAAGAGUGUCCCCAUGUUUACUUCAGUGGCAAUGCCCCUACUUUUGACUCCAAGCUCAUCAAAGGUCCGGAUGGCCAGGAAGUCCUUUUGGUUACCGUUCCAGAAUUCAGCAGCACACAGAUGGCGUGCCUCGUCAAUUUACGCACUCUUCACUGUGAGCCAAUCAGCUUUUCUGCCUUCUCUGCAGAUGAAGAUGAGGAAAGUGAGAUGAACGUAAGCCACUGAGGACACAGCUGAUGCUUUUUUUUUUUUUUUCUUUUGGCCAGAGAAGGAUCAAAUUAACUUCAAUCCAAAAAACACAGAAGCUUUUCAAUAA